AUGCCUAUCGAGAUAGUGUGCAAAAUCAAAUUUUCCGAGGAGGAUGCAAAACCGAAGGAGAAGGAAGAGGGGGACGAGCAGAGCCUGUUGGGGGCAGCGUGCCAGGGGGCGCCCCCGAGGGAUCUGGCCACCUUUGCCAGCUCCAGCACCCUGCACGGCUUGGGGCAUGCCUGUGGCCGGGGGCCUCGAGGGCUUCGCAGGAGCCUGUGGGCACUGGCCCUUUUGGCCUCCCUGGCUGCUUUCCUUUACCAGGCUGUGGGCCUGGCCCGUAGCUACCUGGCUCGGCCUCACCUGGUCUCCCUGGACCCAGCCGGGGUAGCCCCUGCCCUGGGCUUUCCUGCUGUCACCCUUUGCAACAUCAACCGCUUCCGACACUCUGCUCUCAGUGAUGCUGACAUCUUCCACUUGGCCAACCUGACGGGACUGCCCCCUAAGGAUAGAGAUGGACAUCGGGCAGCAGGCCUUCGAUACCCCGAGCCGGACAUGGUGGACAUUCUGAACCGCACUGGCCACCAGCUGGCCGAUAUGCUCAAGAGCUGCAACUUCAGUGGCCACCACUGUUCCGCCAGUAACUUCUCUGUGGUAUAUACUCGUUAUGGGAAGUGCUACACUUUUAAUGCUGACCCCCAGAGUCCACGGCCCAGCAGGGCAGGGGGCAUGGGCAGUGGCUUGGAGAUCAUGCUAGACAUUCAACAGGAAGAGUACCUGCCCAUCUGGAGAGAGACUAAUGAGACAUCAUUUGAGGCUGGCAUCCGGGUUCAGAUCCACAGCCAAGAGGAGCCACCAUAUAUCCACCAGCUAGGGUUUGGGGUGUCUCCAGGCUUCCAGACAUUUGUGUCCUGCCAGGAGCAGCGGCUGACAUACCUGCCCCAGCCGUGGGGUAAUUGCAGGGCUGAGAGUGAGGGAGGGGAGCCAGAACUCCAAGGCUAUGCAUCCUACAGUGUCUCAGCCUGCCGGCUUCGUUGUGAGAAGGAAGCCGUGUUGGCACGCUGCCAUUGCAGAAUGGUUCACAUGCCAGGCAAUGAGACCAUCUGCUCCCCCAACAUCUACAUUGAGUGUGCAGACCACACUUUGGACUCUCUGGGUGGGGGAUCAGGAGGCCGCUGUACUUGCCCCAUGCCUUGCAAUCUGACACGCUAUGGGAAAGAGAUCUCCAUGGUUCGGAUCCCCAACCGAAGCUCAGCCCGCUAUCUGGCCAGGAAGUACAACCGAAACGAGACCUACAUACGAGAGAACUUCCUGGUCUUGGAUGUUUUCUUUGAAGCCCUGACUUCCGAGUCUGUGGAGCAGAGAGCAGCUUAUGGCCUGUCUGCCCUCCUGGGUGACAUCGGAGGUCAGAUGGGGCUCUUCAUUGGGGCCAGCAUCCUCACCUUUCUCGAGAUCCUUGACUACAUCUAUGAGGUGUCCUGGGACCGGCUGAAGAGGACAUGGCGCCGCCCCAAGCCACCCCUUAGGACCUCAACAGGAGGCAUUUCUACCUUAGGGCUGCAGGAGCUGAAGGAGCAGAGCCCGUGCCCAGGACGAGGUUGUGCUGAGGCUGGUGGGGCCAGCAGUCUGCUCCCCAACCACCACCACCCUCAUGGCCCUCCUGGAGGCCUCUUUGAAGACUUUGCCUGCUAA